CGCGGUGGCGGACAGGUGCUGCGUCAGUUCCAUUCCAUCUCCACUUCGUUCAUCUCCAAGUGGUAGACAGCCGGGCUAUUGAAGCUCGUACCGUCGCAAUUUAGGGCUAUCAUCAGAGUGGAUCAUUCAAGUAUGGCAGUAGGAAAGAUUCAGCACGAGGAAUCGAUUGCAACUGGCCUAAAAUUUGUUCGUAGCACAAGCAUAAUGGGGAGGAAACGCGUUGUGUUAUCCAGAACUGUUGAUUCUGCCAAUUGUUGGCACUCUCCUAAGAGGCUGAGCAGAAUGUCGAGCAUGGAGAGACUGAAUCGCUUGGAGGCCCUGCCUCAAGAUAUCUUGGUAAAGAUACUGUGCAAGGUGGACCACAGCGACUUGAAGCAGCUUGUGUUGGUGUCUAAGACGGUCAACGGAGCGACGUUGAUCGCCAAGAGGUUGCAUUUUGCUUUUAGCACGCCGUCCUCGAAGCCGGUGUUCAGGAGACAUGAGAUCAGUGACGAGGCUCCAAAUGCACCGAUGCAACAGAGGGUUGCAAAAUCGCGGCUGGAUGGUGGAAAGGUCUCGAGUGUUGCCAUCGCCCUUUUCCGUUCGCUCGAGGACGAAUGGCCGCAGAGUCAACUUGAUUCAGAGAUGUAGAUAUGUGCAGUAGGCUUGUAUGUAAACAACACAUUAUAUUCUUUUGUUCUCCACUUCUAUAUAGUUUGUUUUGCACUGUGUUCUUGUAAGGCACACUUCAAGUCAUCUUCAAUCCAUUCAUUGAAGAGGAUUGGAUUUCUCCAAUGUAAGUGGCUGCUAGUUGUAGGAA